CUGAAAGCCUUUCUUUCAUCCCUGUCUGAGAGAGCCAGGCGCGAUGGGAUGCACUCGGGCCACCCCGGUGCAUCCCUUGCUCUGUAAGGACUGGGCUGGUCUGGGCCUGACAGACAACUUUCGUGAACUAACCACCAGGAGGAGUGAGUGGGAAGGGGAGGGGUUUGUGAUCGGCCUGGGGAGGGUGGAGUAUUGGCUGGAGAGUUUGUGAAAAGUUCUGAGAGGAGCAGGAGGAAGUGGGGACCGACCAGUUGAACUGCACCAGAGGCCGGGGAGCGAGGGGUCUCAAGUAACCCCUGGGAAACUCCGGUGUCGGGAAGGAGCCGAGCGCCUACAUGAAAGGAGGGACCUUCUCGGAAGUUCGCCCCUACCUGAGCCGGGAACUCCAGCUUCAGGAUCCGCUGCACUUCCUCGGCGUGCUGGCUCGGUGGCCGCCUCUACACACGACCCUUGAGGAUCCGGAUGGCUGUGAGGUGGACCUGGGCAGGCAAGAGCUGCCUGCUACUGGCGCUUUUAACACUGGCUUAUAUUCUGGUGGAGUUUUCAGUCUCCACUUUGUAUGCCUCUCCAGGAGCCAGCAGUGCCAGGGAGCUGGGGCCAAGGCGGCUUCCAGAUACUGAGACAAGGGAAGAGGAUUUGUCCCAGCCUCUUUAUAUUAAGCCCCCCGCAGAUUCCCAUGCUCUCGGGGAAUGGGGGAGAGCAAGCAAACUCCAGCUCAACGAGGGUGAACUGAAACAGCAAGAAGAACUCAUUGAGAGAUAUGCCAUCAACAUUUACCUCAGUGACAGGAUCUCCCUGCACCGCCACAUAGAGGAUAAAAGAAUGUAUGAGUGUAAAGCCAAGAAGUUCCACUACAGGUCGCUCCCCACCACCUCCGUUAUCAUCGCCUUCUAUAACGAAGCCUGGUCUACUCUGCUUCGAACCAUUCACAGUGUUUUAGAAACUUCUCCAGCUGUGCUUUUAAAGGAGAUCAUCUUGGUGGAUGACUUGAGUGAUAGAAUUUAUUUGAAGGGGCAACUUGAAACUUACAUCAGCAACCUGGAGAGAGUUCGCUUGAUUAGAACCAAUAAGAGAGAGGGGCUGGUCCGGGCCCGUCUGAUUGGAGCCACUUUUGCCACCGGGGAUGUCCUCACUUUCCUGGAUUGUCACUGUGAGUGUAACACUGGUUGGUUGGAACCACUUUUGGAAAGGAUCAGUAACGAUGAAACAGCCAUUGUAUGUCCUGUUAUUGACACUAUUGACUGGAAUACUUUCGAAUUCUACAUGCAGACCGGGGAGCCCAUGAUUGGUGGUUUUGAUUGGCGUUUGACCUUCCAGUGGCAUUCUGUCCCCAAACAUGAAAGGGACAGGCGGACAUCAAGAAUUGACCCCAUCAGGUCACCCACCAUGGCAGGAGGACUGUUUGCUGUCAGCAAGAAGUAUUUCCAGUACCUGGGGACAUAUGACACCGGCAUGGAAGUCUGGGGAGGUGAAAACCUUGAGCUGUCUUUCAGGGUUUGGCAGUGCGGUGGCAAGCUGGAGAUCCAUCCAUGCUCUCAUGUGGGCCACGUGUUUCCCAAGCGAGCACCCUAUGCUCGCCCCAACUUCCUACAGAAUACUGCCAGGGCAGCUGAAGUAUGGAUGGAUGAAUACAAAGAGCAUUUCUAUAACCGAAACCCUCCAGCUCGGAAAGAGGCCUAUGGCGAUAUUUCUGAAAGGAAGUUACUGAGGGAACGGCUGAAAUGUAAGAGCUUUGACUGGUAUUUGAAAAAUGUGUUCUCUAACCUACAUGUCCCUGAGGAUAGACCUGGCUGGCACGGAGCGAUCCGCAGUAUGGGCAUCUCUUCUGAGUGCUUAGAUUAUAAUGCUCCCGACAACAACCCUACAGGUGCUAACCUUUCGUUGUUCGGAUGCCACGGUCAAGGAGGCAAUCAGUUCUUUGAAUAUACUUCAAACAAAGAAAUCAGAUUUAAUUCUGUGACUGAAUUAUGUGCUGAGGUCCCCCAGCAAAAGGAUUAUGUAGGGAUGCAAAACUGCCCCAAAGAUGGGCUCCCUGUUCCAGUGAACAUCAUUUGGCAUUUUAAAGAAGACGGAACGAUUUUCCACCCUCACACAAGACUGUGUCUUAGUGCUUACCGGACAGCUGAUGGCCGACCUAGUGUCCAGAUGAAAACUUGUAAUGCCCUUGAUAAGAACCAGCUCUGGAGGUUUGAGAGAUGAAGAAGCAGAAGAGCACCUUCUCUUUGGGAGCUGACUGUAGCCUCUGGAAAGUCACUGUGCCCCAGGAUGAUUGUGUUUUACCAGAAGCCACCUGGCAGCUGACUGUAAGAACACUGGAAAGCCAUGGUUCAUCUGGGGAUAUCUCUCUGAAGCUGGGUACACAGAGCACCGCUGCUCAAUAGCUCAAAGUGCCUUCUUUGCUCUCGGAUUGUUUCAUUUAAAAGCUUUGUCAAUAUGGUCUCCUGUAGCUCCUUAUAGAAAGCUGCUGUGAACUGAGAUGCACAAAACACUUAAGUGUGGGCCAAGCGUGGAGCUUAGCAGUAGAAUGCUUAGCUAGCAUGUGCGAGACCCUGAGUGUGAUCCACAGCACCACAAAAUACGUACAAGACUUAAAUAUUUAGACCAUACAAGUCCGGGCAAAAUGGGGUAUGAUUCGUUCUGAUUAGUAAAUUCAUUGCAUGUACUUUUCUUUUCUUUUUUUAUCAAAACAUGUGAAUGUGUAAUUAGAGCUAUUACUUUUUGAUUACGUUCUUUUAGCCAGAACAUUAAAUUUUAGAUUUUUAAAAACCAACUUGUUUUUGAUGAAAUAAAAGUUGAAGAAAAUUGAUCUUGAGGAAAAGGCCUGGGGUUGAUAUAUGUUUCAUUUCAUUGGAAGAGGGUCCUGGUCUGAAUGCAAGUUUGGAGGUAUUUUAUUUUAUUUUAUUUUAUUUUAUUUUAUUUUAUUUUAUUUUAUUGAGAUAGGUCUGAGGCAUCCCAGGCUGGCCUUGAACUCGUGAGUCUUGCUUCCACCUCUCAAGUACUGGGGUUGCAGGUGUGUGCCACCACAGGUGGUUUGGAGGUCUUUUUCUGACAGACAGAUAUCUCAGAAAGAUAGUGAGACAGUCACCUUCCGUUCUGUGUAGCCGAGAGAGCUGUUGGAGUGAGCUGACCUAUAUCUCAAUACCUCACAUCACUCUGCUCUGUCAGCUGCUUUCUCUGUGAACUUGUUUGUGAGUACUAGGGCACUUUCUGAUUGCACCUCCUUAAGUUAUGAAUGUACUAGCAUGAAUCUCAUUCAGAAGACCGUGCCUCCCUUUGUUAGUGCCUAGUCAACUGAAAUAAACACAAUGGAGACCUCCUUGAAGCUAUUCCCAAAUGCCUUCACUGAAAUGUGUGAAACUGAAAGUGGGCCAGGUUCUGCAGAGAGUAUUCCACUCCCCCCAGAGGUGGAAAUGCAGAGGCUUCAUCUUGAGAUUGCAAGGGGAAAAGGCUGUCUUGGUCUUUGUUGGUUGGUGUUUUGAAGCUCCUUGCAAGCCCGAGGCAACCUGGCACUUGGGCAGCCCUCACUGUGUGUGAACAAAUGUCUCAGUGGAAGGGUUUCUAUAGCUUGCUUGGGCCUCAGUUUCCUCUUCUGCGGUGCUGGAUUGGUUGUUGAGGAUUCCCUUUCAGUCUGAAGGUCAGCUGGACACCCCCCUGUGCUACUCACCCCCCUGUGAGAUUUCCAGAAACACCUGUGUGUCUUUACUUUCAACGUAGGCAGUGCUGAGCAGCUGGACAGUGUUCAGUUUGGAAGGUAGAAAAGCGAAUUUUAAACUCAAGUGAGCUGAGCUCACCUGAAGUGGUGUGCUUCUCAGAGGAUAUUAUUACAGCUAGUUUUCUAGUCAUUUUGACAACUGUUGGACUGAUUUUGCUUUUUAAAAUUUUUAAACUUUCAAAGCAAUUCUUUGACUAAGAAUAUAAAUAUUUCCCAAACUAAAUUAUUUCAGAAGUACACAUGCUUUACCACAUUUUUUACAGUUCCCUAUUAAUGUUUAUCCAGAAAGCAGAGGCCAAAUUUGGGAGUGAGUCUCAGAUUCUUGACUUUGAUAUGAAAAAUGCAUGUUCCAUAGAGAACCAGCCCACAUAUUUCAAUUGUUUCUUAUGAAACAAUUUCAUAAGAAAAUUGUUUUCAGUGUUGAUUUGACAGUUAGGAUGGAGAGGGGGAAUUUUGUAAACUCUGAAUUUAAGUAAAUUGUUUAGGGUGACCAUUUCAAAACAUUAAAACUUGUGUACUUGUGACUGUUUUGUUUCUCACUGAUUCUUAGAAUGAAAAUCUCUUACUACUUUUUUUGUAGGUUAUCCAGCAUCCUUACAGCAACCUGUCUAGAGAGUCCAUGAGCAAGGGUUGACCCUGGGUUUUAUUUAAGGAAACCAUAUAAAAACGCUCAUUCAGGAGGGAAUUCUCCUUCAUGCAUUCUCUCCUUGCCCCAGUCUUUUUGCAGUUUGUUCUGGCCAACCCCGCGUCACACAAGAGAGUUACAUGGAUGCAGUUCAGAAGUGACUAUUAAAAAUGCUUUGACUUAGCAUCUCUGGGCCCCUAGCAAAAGAGAGAAGAGGCUUUUAAGGCUGGAGUGUGCCCUCCUGUGUUUCCUGUCUGCCUACAGUGGCAGCUAGGGACGGAGUUUAUUUCUACCCCUAAUUCAGAAGAGUAUAACUCAGAAUAGUGUACAUAGCGAAGAGAACUAGAAUGGUAUUUUUAUAUGCAGACAUGUUCCAGUUUCAUUCCCAAGGCACACCACAGUGAAGUGAGCAGAAGACUCUUUCCUUCGCUCACUUCCAGUUUUUGGCCAACUACCCAAGUUCUCCAUUAUCCUGUAGAAUUUACAUACUUAAAAGUUAGGAAAAUACUUGGUGAGCAGGGAGUUUCCCAUUUUGUUGUUUCCUUGAUCAGUCCUGUGAAUAGGUUAGCUACAUGAACAUCUUAGCACUUGUUUUUAUUUUUAAAAGGAUUCCUCUGACCUUAAAUACCUCGUUGGUAAGGGAAAGUGUGUUUAUUGAGCCAAUAAACAGUAGGCUCUUGCGUGUGCAUUGAUAUUAGAAGAUUGAGAUAUUCCAGGCAAAGGAUUUAUUUUUAAGUUGUAUACUCUCGGUUAUUUGAUUGUCUCAGUUUUAAUGAAUACAAUUUAGAUUUGACUUGUCUUUUGGGAUUGCUGUUUUACCAAGACUUCUGAAUGAGCACAAAGCCGAGCUUCUGAUUUAUGUCCUCUGAGCAGAGACUGCUUCUCUUUGUUAAUGGCGCCUGUAAUAUUGGGGAAGACAUGCAAUAAAAUGUAUGCCUAAUUAUUUUUGCAAAC